CUGCAGGCCACGUACGGUACGAGCACGUAGCUGGUCGGAGCUAGAGCACAGGAGAUGGCCGGAGGAGGAGGAGGAGAGGAGGUGACGCUGAUGGGCCACUGGGGGAGCCCGUACGUGAUCCGGGUCCGGCUAGCCCUCUACCUCAACGGCGUUCCUUACACCUACGUCGAGGAGGACCUUCGCAGCAAGAGCGAGCUGCUCCUCCGCUCCAACCCCGUCCACCAGACCGUGCCCGUACUCCUACACAACGGCCGCCCCAUCUGCGAGUCCCAGGUCAUUCUCCAGUACAUCGACGAGGUCUUCGUCGCCGGCAGCGGCUCGACGUCAUCGGCUUUCUCCCUCCUCCCUGCCGACCCCCACGAGCGCGCCGUCGCCCGGUUCUGGGCGGCCUACGUGGACGACGAGAUCGGCGCGCCGUGGGACAAGGCGUUCAGGGCGGGGACGGAGGAGGAGAGGGCGGAGUGGAUGGGGAAGGUGGCGGCGGCGGUGCCGGGUCUGGAGCGGGGGCUGAGGGAGUGCACCGACGGGGGUCGCAAGGGCUGCUUCUUCGGCGGCGCCGGUGGAGUCGGCUACGUCGACGUCGUGCUCGGCGGCGUGGCGCCGUACGUGCACGCGAUGGAGAAGGUCUCAGGCCUGAGGCUGUUUGAUGCAGACAAGACGCCGCUGCUGGCGGCGUGGCUGGAGCGGUUCGGGGAGCUCGAGGUCGCCAGGGCCGUGCUGCCGGACGUGGACCGGGUGGUGGGCUACGUCAGGAUGAUACACGCCAAGAACGCCGCCAAAGCUGCAGAGUGAUUUACUGAUUAGCAGGUUGAGAUCGUGAACCGGCAUGGCGACGUGGCCAGCAGGAUGAUGUAUCGGUGCAGUGUACACGUGUGUGUAUAGUGUAUGUGUAUAUACUCCAGCGAGUCCCUGUCAAGUACUCCUAUCAACACAGGAUGCAACACGUUUUGGAACUUGUCUAGCUAGUCGUCGCUCACUUUUCUCCGCCCAUGAGCGUAUUUUUAAAUGAGAAGAAAAUUGAAGGAUA